CGAGGUAACCCACUCACAACCCCGGAAGUCCACUAUUGCCAUGUAUUUGCGACAGUUAUUUAGUAAAAACUAAAUUAAAAUACGCAAUACAAUGGCCAGGCACAGUCCAUAUUCCACUAGACAACAUUUUUUAAAAUGUAUUUUUUCUAUUUUCUUGAACGCUUAAAAAGACCGGAAGUACCACAGUUAUCUUGUAUUUUCGACGCCAAAACAAAAAUAACAAUUUUGAAGUGCUCAAAAUGUCACGGAGAUUUUACUGUGUAUUUCUAUGCUUUUAUAACAUUAUUUUCUCCAGGUCUUGCUGUUUAACACAGACAGCUCUAUACUGCCUCCAGCGGGUGAACUCCAGCAGUGUUUCUCAUGGCACCUCGGUUGCUAGGUUAUCCUGUUAAAAACAUCCCAUCCGAAGCCCACUUUCGUUUUCCUUAAAUUCGCAUAAAUUCACCCCCGCCCCCACAAAUAUUAUUAUUAAUAUUUAACAAUAACUUGAUUUUUAAAUUAUUUUUAUGAAGCGCAAUUGAUGUAGUCACUCCCUCCGCCUCACGUCACCCGGAUCGAUAAAUUGCUGCCUCGGACGCUAACUUGCAUUCAUCAUGGAGGAGCGUCCAUUCCUCUAACCGGAGCUUCCGAGGGGCCCGAGAGCUGAGCCGAUGUCUGGCCGGUGAAGGUGCACCAGGCACGGGCAGGAGGGGAGGGCGAUGUCCGGGAGGGAGGAUGCAGCAUCCUGCUAGCCGGAGAGAGCACCACUGAUGACUGGCUGUUUUGCUCACGACGAUCCACGGUGGGAGGCAACAUGGCCGGGAAGGUGAAGUGGGUGACAGAUAUUGAGAAGUCAGUGCUCAUCAACAACUUUGAGAAGAGGGAGUGGAUUCAAGUGACGGAAAAUGAUGACUGGAAUUUUUACUGGAUGAGCAUCCAGACCAUCCGCAACGUGUUUAGCGUGGACACGGGCUACCGGUUGACCGACGAGCAGAUGGUCAACCACUUCCCCAACCACUACGAGCUGACCAGGAAGGACCUGAUGAUCAAGAACAUCAAGCGCUACCGCAAGGAGCUGGAGAAGGAAAGUAGCCCGCUGGCCGAGAAGGACGACAACGGGAAGCACAUCCAUCUCGAUUUCGUCCCCGUGACGUUCAUGCUCCCGGCGGAUUAUAAUCUCUUUGUGGAGGAGUUCCGCAAGAACCCGUCCAGCACGUGGAUCAUGAAGCCGUGCGGGAAGGCGCAGGGCAAAGGCAUCUUCCUCAUCAACAAACUGGCCCAGAUCAAAAAGUGGUCGCGGGACAGCCGGACGUCCACGUUCGUGGCGGCCUCCAGUGGCAAGGAGGCCUACGUCAUCUCCCUCUACAUCGACAAUCCGCUUCUGAUCGGUGGGAAAAAGUUUGACCUGCGUCUCUACGUGCUGGUCACCACGUAUCGGCCGCUCAAAUGCUACAUGUACAAGCUGGGUUUCUGUAGGUUCUGCACGGUGAAGUACACGCCGAGCACAAGCGAGCUGGACAACAUGUUUGUGCACCUCACCAAUGUGGCCAUCCAGAAACACGGAGACGACUACAACCACGUCCACGGUGGCAAGUGGACGGUCAACAAUCUGCGUCUGUACCUGGAGAGCACCAGAGGCGAGGAGGUGACCAGUCGCCUCUUUGACCAGAUCCAGUGGAUCGUGGUGCAGUCCUUAAAGGCUGUAGCUCCUGUGAUGAACAAUGACAAACAUUGUUUUGAGUGUUACGGUUAUGACAUCAUCAUCGAUGACAAGCUCAAGCCGUGGCUCAUCGAGGUCAACGCGUCCCCGUCGCUGACAUCCAGCACGGCCAACGACCGCAUCCUCAAGUACAACCUCAUCAACGACACCCUCAACAUCGUCACGCCCAACGGGGAGAUGCCGGACAGCCGCUGGAACCGCAGCCCGCCGAGAGACGCCCUGGGGAACUACGAACUUCUGUACGACGAAGAGCAGGCGCAGGGCGAAAACGACCGGAGCCGAGCCGGUCACUCGUUGGGGUCAAAGGGCGCCAAGGGCAGCUCCGCCGUCCGCCCUGCUGCGGCCACCUGGAAGUGACACACUUUUUAACAUCAUUACACAUCAUGGACUCCAAAACAAAGUAUUUUUUUGUGUGUUUUAUGUUGGAUUGUGCCUCAUUUUACCUACAACUGCUAUUGUGGAAUGUCAUUUUAUUUGCCCGCUACCAAUGCAUCUGCUUUACAAAAUAUAACAUUUUAAUUCAACACGCUUUCGGGUCUUAUCACUUCAGCAUGGUUAAAAAAAAAAAAUAAAAAAAAAAAAGGGGGAAAUGUUGUGUUGUUUUGGUGUCAUGGCCCUUUAAAAAUGUCAACACUGGCUUGUUUAGUCAGUGCGGUUAUUUGCUUAAAUACUCAA